UGCUACCCAGGACGAUGAGCAGCUGAGAUGGAGACAUCAGCCUCGACCACUGCCGCGGAGAAGCAGGAAGCCAAAAGUGGGAUCCUGGAGGGCAGAAGCUUCCCUGACUCGGGCAAAAAGACCUCUCCUCUGGCGGUGGCUGCCACGGCUGCAGCUGCCCAAGGAGUGCCACAGCACCUCUUGCCACCGUUCCAUGCACCCUUCCCGAUUGACAUGCGACACCAGGAGGGAAGGUACCAUUACGAGCCUCACUCUGUCCACGGUGUGCACGGGCCCCCCACCCUGAGCGGCAGCCCUGUCAUCUCUGACAUCUCCUUGAUUCGGCUUUCCCCGCACCCUGCUGGCCCUGGGGAUCCCCCCUUCAAUGCCCCCCACCCGUAUGUGAACCCCCACAUGGAGCACUACCUCCGCUCUGUGCACAGCAGCCCCACGCUCUCCAUGAUCUCUGCAGCCAGGGGCCUCAGCCCCGCUGAUGUGGCCCAAGAGCACCUUAAGGACAGGGGACUGUUUGGCCUCCCUGCCCCAGGCACCAACCCCUCAGACUAUUACCACCAGAUGACCCUCAUGGCGGGCCACCCUGCACCUUACGGGGACCUGCUGAUGCAAAGCGGGGGUGCUGCCAGCACGCCCCAUCUCCAUGACUACCUCAACCCAGUGGAUGUGUCACGUUUCUCCAGCCCAAGAGUGACACCCCGCCUGAGCCGCAAGCGGGCGCUGUCCAUCUCCCCUCUCUCAGACGCCAGCCUCGACCUGCAGCGCAUGAUCCGGACCUCUCCCAACUCGCUGGUGGCCUACAUCAACAACUCUCGUAGCAGCUCGGCGGCCAGUGGCUCCUAUGGGCACCUGUCGGCAGGAGCCCUCAGCCCAGCCUUCACCUUCCCCCACCCCAUCAACCCCGUGGCCUACCAGCAGAUCCUGAGCCAACAGAGGGGCCUGGGCUCAGCUUUUGGGCACACACCACCCCUGCUCCAGCCCUCGCCCACCUUCCUAGCCCAGCAGCCCAUGGCCCUCGCCUCCAUCAGUGCCGCACCCUCCCAGCUCAGCAGUAGUAGCAAUUGUCUGGGUGAUGCCAACCAGAACAAGCAGAGCAGCGAGUCGGCUGUGAGCAGCACUGUCAACCCCAUCACCAUUCACAAACGCAGCAAGGUCAAGACUGAGGCCGAGGGCCUGCGGCCAGCCUCCCCAUUGGCCCUGACUCAGGGCCAUGUGUCAGGACAUGGCUCAUGUGGGUGUGCAAUUCUCCCCUAGGAGCAGCUGGCCGACCUCAAGGAAGACCUGGACAGGGAUGACUGUAAGCAAGAGGCUGAAGUGGUCAUCUACGAGACCAACUGCCACUGGGAAGACUGUACCAAGGAGUUUGACACCCAGGAGCAGCUGGUGCACCACAUCAACAACGAACACAUCCACGGGGAAAAGAAGGAGUUCGUGUGCCGCUGGCAGGCCUGCACACGGGAGCAGAAGCCCUUCAAGGCUCAGUACAUGCUGGUAGUGCACAUGCGGCGCCACACGGGCGAGAAGCCCCACAAGUGCACGUUCGAGGGCUGCUCAAAGGCCUACUCUCGCCUGGAGAACCUGAAGACGCACCUGCGGUCCCACACUGGGGAGAAGCCAUACGUGUGUGAGCAUGAGGGCUGCAACAAGGCCUUCUCCAAUGCCUCAGACCGCGCCAAGCACCAGAACCGCACCCAUUCCAACGAGAAACCCUAUAUCUGCAAGAUCCCGGGCUGCACCAAGAGGUACACAGACCCCAGCUCUCUCCGGAAGCACGUGAAGACAGUCCAUGGCCCAGAUGCCCAUGUCACCAAGAAGCAGCGAAAUGAUGUGCACCUUCGCACGCCACUGCUCAAGGAAAUUGGGGAGAGUGAAGCCAGCACCGAGCCUGGUGGCCGGGCUUCUGAGGACAGUGCUGAGGCCAGCAGCACCAUCCAGGCCGUGGAGGACUGCCUGCAUAUCAAAGCCAUCAAGACCGAGAGUUCCGGGCUGUGUCAGUCCAGCCCCGGGGCCCAGUCAUCCUGCAGCAGUGAGCCCUCUCCCCUGGGCAGUGCCCCCAACAAUGACAGUGGCGUGGAGAUGCCGGGGACGGGGCCCGGGAGCCUGGGAGACUUGACGGCACUGGAUGAUACGCCCCCAGGGGCUAAUGCCUCAGCCCUGGCUACCCCCUCCACUGGUGGCUUGCAGCUGCGCAAACACAUGACCACCAUGCACCGGUUUGAGCAGCUCAAGAAGGAGAAGCUCAAGUCACUCAAGGAUUCCUGUUCAUGGGCCGGGCCAGCCCCACAUACCCGGAACACCAAGCUGCCUCCCCUCCCGGGAAAUGGCUCCAUGCUGGAAAACUUUAGCGGCAACGGGGGUGGCGGCCCAGCAGGGCUGCUGCCCAACCCGCGACUGUCCGAGUUGUCUGCCAGCGAGGUGACCAUGCUGAGCCAGCUGCAGGAGCGCCGCGACAGCUCCACCAGCACGGUCAGCUCUGCCUACACCGUGAGCCGCCGCUCCUCUGGCAUCUCCCCCUACUUCUCCAGCCGCCGUUCCAGCGAGGCCUCUCCCCUGGGUGCAGGCCGCCCGCACAAUGCCAGCUCGGCCGACUCCUACGACCCCAUCUCCACAGAUGCAUCGCGGCGCUCAAGCGAGGCCAGCCAGUGCAGUGGAGGCCCAGGGCUACUCAACCUCACGCCUGCUCAACAGUACAGCCUGCGGGCCAAGUACGCGGCAGCCACCGGUGGCCCACCACCCACACCGCUGCCCGGCCUGGAGCGCAUGAGCCUGCGGACCAGGCUGGCGCUGCUGGAUGCGCCUGAGCGCGCGCUGCCUGCCGCCUGUCCACGCCCACUGGGCCCACGGCGGGGCAGUGAUGGGCCAACCUACGGCCAUGGCCACAGCCAAAUGGGGGCUGCGCCCGCCUUCCCUCACGAGGCCCUGGGCAGCGGCGCUCGGCGGGCGAGUGACCCUGUGCGGCGGCCGGAUGCCCUGGCUCUGCCGCGGGUGCAGCGCUUCCACAGCGCCCACAAUGUGAACCCAGGCCUGCUGCCUCCAUGUGCAGAGAGGCGAGGCCUCCGCCUGCAAAGCCACUCGAGUGCUGACAGCAGCCUAGCCCACAGCGCAUAUUCGCCCCGGCCGCCCAGCAUCAGUGAGAACGUGGUGAUGGAGGCCAUGGCCGCCGGGACAGACAGUGUCGGACCUGACGCUGACCUGGAGCUUCAGGAGGACGACCUGGUGCUGCCCGAUGACGUGGUACAGUACAUCAAGGCGCAUGCCAGUGGCUCUCAGGAUGAGAGCUCUGGGCAGGUAUAUGCCACAGAAGGCACCAGUUUCUCAGACAACCCCAAACUGCCUAGCCCAGGGCUGCACAGCCAGCGCAGGAUGGUGGCUGCAGAUUCUGACCUGGGCCCCUCAGCCCCUGUGCUGGGAGGCUGCCAGCUGGGCUACGGGACCCCCUCCAGCCUGAACAAAGAUAACAUGCCUGUGCAAUGGAAUGAGGUGAGCUCCGGCACCAUGGAUGCCCUGGCUAGCCAGGCAAAGCAACCACCCUUUCCUCAGGGCAACCUUGCCACAGUGCAACAAAAGCCAGCCUUUGGCCAGUACCCAGGCUACAGUCCACAAGGCCUUCAGGAGAGCCCUGGGGGCCUGGACAGCACUCAGCCACACCUUCGGCCCCGGAGCAAUACCUCCUCCACACCUAGGGUUAACUACAUGCAGCAGCUGCGACAGCCAGCAACAGGUGGCCAGUGUGCCAACAUGACCACCGUUAUGAGCCCCCAGACAGGCUAUGGGCAAGCCCACUCCCAGCUGAGCCCCAGCACCGUCAGUGGUGCCCUGAACCAGUUUCCCCUAUCCUGCAGCAACAUGACUGCCAAGCCAGGCCACCUGGGGCACCCUCAGCAUGCAGAAGUUGCCCCUGACACCAUCAUGAUGGGCAGUCGUCUUAGAGAACUUGGGGUCCCCAAUUCUACCCUGGCUGGGGGCCCACCACCUCAUCCAGUCCAGAGCUACCCACAACAGAGCCAUCACCUGGCAGCCCCCAUGAGCCAGGAAGGAUACCGCCAGGGCCCUGGCCUCCUGCCUUCCCACCAGCCUGGCUUCAUGGAGCCCCAGCCAGGCACAAUGGGCGUGUCUGCUGCAAGCUUUGGCCUAGUGCAGCCCCGUCCACCCCUUGAGCCUAACCCUGCUGGCCGCCACCAUGGAGUGCGUGCCGGACAGCAACAGUUGGCCUAUGCCAGGGCCACUGGCCAUGCCAUGGCUGCUGUGCCAGCCAACCAGGAAACAGCGGAAGCUGUGCCCAAGGGAGUGAUGGGCAACAUGGUGUCGCUGCCACCUCAGCCGCCUCCACAGGACAUGGGUGGGGCCCAGGACCACAGCAUGCUCUACUAUUAUGGCCAAAUCCACAUGUAUGAACAGGAUGAAGGCCUGGAGAACCUCGGAGGCUGCCAGGUCACACGGUCCCAGCCACUGCAACCACAAGCCUGCCCAGACAGCAUCCAGCCCCAGCCCUUGCCAUCCCCGGGGGUCAACCAGGUGUCCAGCACCGUGGACUCCCAGCUCUUGGAGGCCCCCCAGAUCGACUUCGAUGCUAUCAUGGAUGACGGCGAUCACUCGAGUUUGUUCUCGGGGACACUGAGCCCCAGCCUCCUCCACAGCCUCUCUCAGAGCUCCUCCCGCCUCACCACCCCCAGAAAUCCCCUGACUCUGCCCUCCAUCCCCACAGGCAUCAGCAACAUGGCCGUGGGUGACAUGAGUUCCAUGCUCACCAGCCUGGCUGAGGAAAGCAAGUUCCUGAACAUGAUGACCUAA